AUGCGCUACGCCCUAGCUCUUGCGCUUGCGAGCGCACUCGUGUCGGCUGCCCCUCGGCCAGCACAUCACCAGCGUCAGGACACCCCGUCUUCAGCGACGGCCUCCUCGUUCCAAGCGUCUGACUCUCUUGUCGCAAGCGAUACAGCAGCAUCCUUCUCUGCGUCUCUUGCAUCCCUUUCCGAUGCUGUGGUAUCGGGGAGCGUCACCUCUGCGUCCUUCUCUGUGCCACCUUACGCGGUCGAAGUAUCGCCGACAGAAGGCCAGCCAUCUGCGGCGGCAUCAUCUGCAGCGCCAUCUGCCGCCAGCGUCACAUAUGGCAAUUACUCAGGCUCUGCGUCUUCAGUCUACACCUCGUCAACUACCCCCGCUCCAAGCUCGUCCGGCCUCAACAGUUCAAUCAUACCGGUGACGGCUACCGUAGACCCCGUUAAGGGUGACCCCGAUGGACCUGCGUUCAGCAUCGAAACCGGACCCGCGCAGCCCGUGAAAAGCGGCAAAGGCGCCCCUUUCGCGGGCCCGACGAACGAGAAGAUCGACCAGCAAAAUCCGGAUUUUCUGGCUCCUCCAAGCACUGACUUCGGAUUCAUCGGCAGCGCCAAAUGGUCGAUGUCGCUCGGGCCAAUGCGCCUGCUCGCCGGAGGCUGGGUGCGUCAGGAAGACGAGACCGUGAUGCCCUUGGCCGAUGAGAUGGCUGGCGCUGUCAUCCACCUCGAGCCGGGCGCAAUCCGUGAACUUCAUUGGCAUAGCAUCGCCGAAUGGGUCUACGUCAUAAAUGGAACGACUCAGAUAUCUGCGGUGGACACGCAGGGGCGCAACACGUUUGGCACUGCUAACACCGGCGACCUCUGGUAUUUCCCGCCUGGUAUAGGUCAUCAUCUUCAGGCAACUGGCGAUGCACCCUCAGAGUUUGUGCUUAUCUUCAAGACCGGCCUCUUCGACGCAUCGAAAACGUUCUUGGUCACGGAUUGGUUAGCCCACGUUCCCUUUGGCGUCCUUCAGAAGAACUUUGGCGUCGAAGGGACAGACAAAUUCACCAAAAUACCAUCUGAAGAGUUGUACAUCUUCCCUGGCGAACCGCCUGCACUCGAUGGCGCCUCCCUCCCAGACGCGCCGCAAGGCAAGAUCCCCAAUGAGUUCGUCUUCGCAAUGUCGCAGAUGGAGCCCGAGCGCUUUGAUGGCGGGACGGUGAAAGUCGCGGACUCGUCCAAUUUCCCCGCUUCAAAGGAGAUCGCGGCCGCGGAAGUGACGCUCGAGCCGGGGGCGAUGCGCGAGCUGCAUUGGCACACGACGGCGGACGAGUGGACCUUCUUUAUCGAGGGCAACUGCCGGAUGUCGAUAUUCAACUCGAAUGGCGCGCGCACCUUCAACUACGAGCCGGGGGACGUGGGCUACGUACCGAUCUCGAUGGGCCACUACGUCGAGAACAUCGGCAACACGACAGCAAGGUUCCUCGAGAUAACGGACUCCACUGAAUUCGAAGACAUCAGCCUGACUCAAUGGCUCGCCCUGACCCCGCCCGAGAUCGUCAAGGCGCAUUUCGGAAUCGAUGACGAGACUGUCCAAGGAUUGUCGCAAACGAAGAACAGGGUCGUGCCUGGGCGCAGUGCCAGCGAUGCAGCAUGAGAGGCGAUCUACGAUGGCGCCCUUGUCACGAUAGUCGAUGCUGACUAGGGCAUGCAUACGGACAU